AUGUGGGCUUCUGGAAGCUCUUUUUACCUUAGCACAAUAUGUGUGACCUUCUGGUUAGCCAGCAUCUUUUAUCUUACAAUCCGCAGUAUCUGGAAAUCAAUACAGUCCCCCUUGUCAAAGGUACCUGGACCGUGGUAUGCCCCGUUUACAGCUCUCCACCUGCGUUAUGCAUUCGCUACUGGGGAAAUAUGGAAACUUGUUGAGGAUAGUCACAAAAAAUAUGGCAAUAUUGUCCGACUGGGUCCACGUCAUGUUUGGAUCGCGGAUAAACGGGCAAUGAAGGAGAUUCUACAAACAAUUGACCUGCCAAAAGUUGCAAUGUACGCGGAGAUUUCGCGAGACCGCUCCAGUCCGGGGCUGUUUGGUGAGAUUCGACCUGGCCCUCACAAACUGUUGAAGAGAUUUCUCUCACCCGCCUUCACUGUUGGCUAUGUGGAUCAACUCAGUAGCAUUUUCGGCGAGUGUAUUGCAAAACUUAUCUCAAGAUAUGACAAUCUAUUCCAUAAAAUGGGGGUAAUCGACAGUGGGCAAAUUCUAGUGACUGAUCUUAUGAAAGAUUUGCAUACUGUCGCGUUGGAUAUAAUGGGGGAAUGCUCUUUCGGACACGGCCUUGGACAGACAGUUACAACAACAGAGACUGAUCCCGUGGAGGAGUCCCAUAUAUGGACUUCUGUACCGCAUGCGAUUUUUACAGGAAUGUCCAAAAGAUAUCAGACUGUGUAUCUGAAGCGGUGGUUGCGCGGAUGGGGGAUUGAUAUAAAGUUUGACUGGCCAGCUGAGAUGAUCCACGCAAUUCAUACAGUGAUUCAAAAGCGCAGAGAUAAGCCAGGCGAAUCCCGCCCUGACCUGCUGCAACAUCUGAUCAUUGAAGGCAACAGGCCUGAUAACGGGCAAAGGAUGACGACCAGAGAUAUUAUAGACCAGAUGUCCGAGCUUCUCCUCGCUGGGUCCGAAACGACUUCAGGAACGAUCGCAUGCUUAUUUUUGGAGCUCAUCCGGAACCCUGAAGUGAAAGAGAGGCUCCUGGCUACUUUACCAGUCUUAUCGCCAAAUGACCCCAUCGUUGAUGGCAAGUUCGUUCGGUCUAAUCCUAGAUUUUCGUACCUUAGUGCGUGUAUCAAGGAAACUCUUCGCCUUCAUCCCAUCGCUUCUGAAAUGGGGCGUCGAACGGGCAAAGAUUGGGUGUCGCUCAUGGGCUACAAUCUUCCCCCCCAUACGGUUGUUUCGGCAUCUUACAGACAUCUCCACCGUGACCCUGAUAUCUGGGACCAACCCCUCCACUUUUACCCUGAAAGAUGGAUAGGGCAGGACAAGGAAAAUGAAGUUCCACACGCAGAUCUGCAAGCAUACUAUCCCUUUUCCGCAGGAAAACACAGCUGUAUCGGCAUCAAUUUUGCAUGGAAUGAAAUGAGAAUGGUAGCUGCCAACCUGCUCUCUAGGUAUGACUUUACAGAAGUGCCAGGCCAGGAGGUCGACUAUCGCCAGUAUAUCACGAUGCAAUUCAAGACAGGGUCUUGGAAGGUCUCGGUCAAGCCACGGUAUUAG